UUGUUUCUUUUCAUGUUGGGAGUUUGUGCCUGCAGGUUGUUGCAACUUCUCCUUACAACUUAUAACUCAUAAAUGAAUUAAAUGAGCUGGGGAGGGGUGCUUUUAGCUUGCGGUUAUGUACAGUCUUUUUUAGCAUAAACUAAUUAGUGGCAAAGAGGGUCUCUGUAAUUUGCAUAUGGUUUUUCAUGCUGUUCAUGAUCAAUUGAUCAUACUUUUUCUCAAUCUACAUCUCGUUUAUAACCACAUUUUGGCUGGUUUUGAGGUCUCUGUCAUUUGCAAAUUACAGGGGAUAAAAUUUGUUGGUAUGCUGUGGCGCAACAUGAGUUUGAUGAGUUGUCUAAUGAACGUAGAAUCUCUCUGGCACAUUGUGGAGGAAGUGUUGUAUUGAAUUUGGCCAUUAAUUACAUCCUACCUUCCUCAUGCUGUGUUUCUGUGAAAGGUAGUGGAAGUCCAAGAUGCUACAAAAUGUCCCACACCAAAUGGUACAAUCACCAGCCAGGCUAGGCCUGCCAAAUCCAAAUUCACCCUCUCUACAAAAUCCUACCCCUCCUAAAUUCUCCUCCCAACUCCCACAAUCUCAUCAGCCCAAUCAGCAAUCAAAUCCGUCAACUGCCACAACCACCUCCUCAACCCUACUUCCUCUUCUUCCGCCUUUGUCUAGAGCCCAAUGUCUUCUCCUUCAUAUGUCCUCACUCGCCUCCCGACUGUUCGAAGUCUCACCAAAUCGGUCUCACUGGCUUAGUGCCUUCCGAGGUUCUUUCCCUACAUUUCUAUCUCCCCAAACUCAGUCCGGAGCACAAAUUCCACCAGACUCCUCUCCUUCCUCCACCAAAGAAAUCCUCUCCCUUUUCACAUCCCUCCAAACUCAGCUUUUUGAAGCCGUUGCGGAACUCCAAGAAAUUCUGGACCUUCAAGAUUCUAAGCAGAAAGUCGCUCGCGAAAUUCGGUCUAAAGAUACCACGAUGCUUUCCUUUGCUAACAAACUCAAAGAAGCCGAACGGGUUCUCGACGUCCUCGUCGAUGAUUAUUCCGAUUAUCGCCGCCCCAAAAGAUCGAAAUCAGAAGAUGACAUAGACAAUUCUUGUACCACGUCUAUUUCUAUUCGGUUGAAUCUAUCAGACAUUUUGUCUUAUGCCCAUAGGAUAAGUUACACAACAUUUGCUCCGCCGGAAUUUGGAGCUGGACAGGCUCCAUUGCGCGGGGCCCUCCCGCCUGCUCCUCAGGAGGAACAAAUGCGUGCCUCUCAGUUGUAUGCAUUUGCUGAUCUUGAUAUCGGUUUACCUAAAUCGGUGGAAACCAAGGAGCAAACAAUCGAGCCAUUGAUUGAGAUACACCCGGCAGAUCCGCUUGCGAAUUUUUCUGCAAUUCCAGGGCUUGUUCCUCCAAACAUUGUGGUUCCAUCUGGGUGGAAACCUGGGAUGCCUGUGGAAUUGCCAAGUGAUUUACCCAUUGUACCCCCGCCUGGAUGGAAGCCCGGAGACCCAGUUCCAUUGCCUCCCUUGGAUUCUCUCUCCGUUCCUGGUAGAGUUGAGGAGCAACCGCCUAGGCCGAUUCCUGCUCAAGGAUUACCUAAAGCACCAGAGACGAUACAAGUUCGACAUGUUCAGCUUGAUAUUGAUGAUGAUAGUAGUGAUUAUAGUAGUUACAUGGGGAGCUCGGAUGAUGAAGAUUGAGAGUUGGCCUUGCUUAUGUUUGAGUUUUAUGUUCUCUUUGUAGUUUAUUUGGUUUGUACACACUGGAAGAUGAUGAACUUGUUCUCAGUUUCUAACUACAUGUGCGCUGUGCAAUUCUUAUGGAUCAAGUAUGCCUUUUUUUC